GCAACCAAGCACCCAGGUCCACGGAGCGCUUGGCUGCGGCGGGGAGAUUUGCAUUAGGGAACCGGGCGCGCGGGGGGAGGGGGGCGGAGUUGCGCCGGCGGAAGCGCUCUCGCGCCACUGUCAGCUGCGCCGGAAGUUCCUGGUCGGGCCUGGCGGUAACCUUGGGGUCCUCGCCGCCUCCGUCGCCGCCAGGGUGGGCUGCGCGAGUCUGAGCCUCAGCCGGGUCGGGACUGGUAGCAGCUAGGAGACGCCGGGGUUGUAGGAGAGGACGCCGAGGGCCGUGGGGACCAGGAACUGCGGGCGCAGGACCGCCCAGCCGACAUGUCUCUAGUGGCGGAAGCCUUCGUCUCGCAGAUCGCAGCUGCAGAGCCUUGGCCCGAAAAUGCUACCUUAUAUCAGCAACUGAAAGGGGAGCAAAUUUUGCUUUCUGACAAUGCAGCUUCUCUUGCUGUGCAGGCCUUUUUGCAAAUGUGUAACCUGCCUGUCAAAGUGGUUUGUAGGGCAAAUGCAGAAUAUAUGUCUCCAUCUGGUAAAGUACCUUUUAUUCAUGUAGGAAAUCAAGUAGUAUCAGAACUUGGUCCAAUAGUCCAAUUCGUUAAAGCAAAGGGCCAUUCUCUUAGUGAUGGGCUGGAUGAAGUCCAAAAAGCAGAAAUGAAAGCCUACAUGGAAUUAGUCAACAAUAUGCUGUUGACUGCAGAGUUGUAUCUUCAGUGGUGUGAUGAAGCUACAGUAGGGGAGAUCACUCAUGCUAGAUAUGGAUCUCCUUACCCUUGGCCCCUGAAUCAUAUUUUGGCCUACCAGAAACAGUGGGAAGUCAAACGUAAGAUGAAAGCUAUUGGAUGGGGUAACAAGACUCUGGACCAGGUCUUAGAAGAUGUAGACCAGUGCUGUCAAGCACUUUCUCAAAGACUGGGAACACAACCAUAUUUCUUCAAUAAGCAGCCUACUGAACUAGAUGCACUGGUAUUUGGCCAUUUGUAUACCAUUCUUACCACACAGUUGACCAAUGAUGAACUUUCCGAGAAGGUAAAAAACUAUAGCAACCUCCUUGCUUUCUGUAGAAGAAUUGAACAGCACUAUUUUGAAGACCGUGGUAAAGGCAGCUCAUCUAUCAGAUCAUCUUAGAGAUAGGUCUUAAUUUAGUGAUUUAAAAAAAAUUAACUUGAAAUAUGUGAAAGACCUAGUAAAUGAUAUCAGAAUUUUAAAACCAAAAAUACUGCUUUUUGAAACCUCAGAGUAAAUUAUAUAAUGUAUCCUAUACAUGUACUUUAUACCAUUAAUUAAAGCAAUUCUGAAUGAUUUCAUUUGCUAUGUUGUACUCUAUAUCUUGAAAUUUUUGUUUUCCUUGAAACGUAUGCCUAUAAAAAUAAAGCUCAAAGAACUGUA